CCCUACCCAUAUUUUUGUGUGUGUGUGUGUGAGAGAGAGAGAGAGAGAUUUUAGAAAUAUGAAAAUUGGGUGCAGGUGGAAGUGGUCUCUCUUAUCUUAAUAGUUGAAGCUGCAACUGCAUGCCCAUAUAUAUAGCAUACGUGUGUACAGUACAGUGGUGAGUAUGUUCUUUUGCCAUAAUUUAUGCCUGUUUUUGCACUCUAAUAGGAUUCUAAAAUGAUUCAAAAAGGAUAUGAGAAUCGGCAACUAAGCCACAAAGUCCAAAAGCUAAAGGUCGUCAAGGCAAUCUGAGUACUUUGUUUAGUAUAUUGCCAGGGAGAGAGGCCAAAGUGUGGCUAAAGCACAAAAGGGUGUGAAGGAAAGUCCAAAACAAGAUUAAAAACUAGCACUUGGAAGGGUGUGAGAGUGGGAAUAAUAAGAUUGGUGAUGGCCAUGGACUGUCAAGAUUGUCCCCAAAAACCCUCUUUAGCUUUGGAGAAGAAGAUGCCUCUUUUGUUGGGCUUUGGAUGCCUAUCAACUUUUUUUUCUUUUUUCAAAAUUUCUCUCUCUCUUUCAAAUUCUAUGUUGAACUUUUCUGCUUGUUGUGGCCUAGGAGGAAGAGGCGGGGGCUAUGUUGGAGGAAGAAGACAAGUAUUAGAAGCGAGAAUAAUCUUAGGAGGCCAUGAUGCUCUGAUUGACCCAACCAAAAGCUAUCUAACAUUCUCUCUAUCUCUCCGAUCGAUGAUUAAUAACUAUUAAACCUAACCGACAUUCUCUCCCUCCCUCUCGUUCUCUCAAUU